AUGCAGAGAAGUUUAUGGAAGGAUAUAGAGGCACAACUGGGGAAGUUUAUGAAACAUUUGGACGAUCCUAUUGUGGAGCUAUAUGCAGCUAAUUGUUUAAACCAGGGUUACACAUAUCCGCCCAAGGGAAAGAGACCGAUCGUAGCUAACGUGGGAGACAGAAUUAUGUGCACACUCAUGUCAGCAGCAUUAAAUUUCAUGAAUGGGUGGGGUACACAGUCCGAAAGAACGGACCAUAAAGACACUACUAGUGAAGCGUUGAAGGAACAUAUAAGGUGCGCAAUAGUAAAUAGAUUUAUGUACAUAUUGCUGGCAUCUCCAUGCAGAAGUGAAAUGGGUGUAUAUUAUGCAUGGCACACUGUGAAAGAGCUGGAGAAACCGCAAGGAGGUGGUUUAAUAACCAAAGGUAAAUGCGGGCAGGGAGUGUUUGAAAACAUAAAAGCGUCAGAGUGGGAUAUGGGCAAGGAAAUUAAGGACUGGUUAGAGCAAAACCCGAGCUUGAAUGAAAAAUUUUCAGGGCAAAACAUAGAAAGCAUAUGUAGGAAAAGCUUAGCCGAACUUGACAGGGUAACACCGGGUACACAUACCAUGCAUGACAACACAGAACUGAGGGAAAAGGAGAAAGAAGCUAUACAGACACUAAGCAAAGACCUGAAGCUCAUAGUUGAGGAAGUAAAGACAGCCGCAGUGCACUGCGCGAAGGAAGGUGGAGAAUGCAUGGCGCCUAGCGAACACGCCGAAAGUAGAAAUCCUGAGAAUGCCGACAGUGAGGCCACAGCACCGAACUAUGUCGGAAGCGGUAAACCAGCACGACCGGGCAAAGAGGGCGGCACAGAAUCGUCCACGCCGGCAACACCACAGGGAUCGAUAG